UAUAAGCGCCUCCUUCUAAGAAGGAUUCAGUUCAAGCUCAGUUACCCCACUGCUCGCCCAGCAACCAGCAUACAACGCAUAGUUUACUUCGACACUUGUCGAGACUCGAGAGAGAGGAUAAGAGCAUGGCGACCUUGUGGAGGCAGCCGAGUAUGGAGUUCCACGUCAAGGUCGUGAGGGUGGCCGGCGUCGAGGCGCGGCUCGAGGGCAGCCUCUUCGUCAGGUACUACGUCCCGGCCGGCGACGGGAGGCGGCGGAUCCGUGUGGACACGCGCGAGGUUCCGUGCGGCGCCGGGGGCGACGACGUGCUCUGGGGCGAGCGCGCUAGCUUCCAGCUGGCGGGCAACGGCGGGGCCGUCGACGCGCCGGGCAAGGUCGCGUUCGAGCUGCGGUGGAGGCCGCGCCCGUCGUCGUCCGGGCUCGCGGCGUUUCUGGGGUCGGGCAGGCCGUCGUCGCGCGUGCUGGCGCGGGCCGAGCUCGCCUUGUCGGCGUCGGCGGACAGCUGGCUGAGACUCUCGCCGGCGAGCCGUGAGCUGGGCGGCGGGUGCAAGGCGCCCAAGUUGCUCGUCGAGGUCAAGGUCGUCCACGCCGUAGCGGCUGCCGAUCGCGUGGCCGUGCAAGCGAGGAAGUUGGGCGGCGUGAACGAGUGCUGCCGUGGCGGCGAGCGCUGCGGUAGCUGUGGGUGGGUCGGGACCGAGGAGGACAUGUUCCUCGCGGCGACGUUUACUCAAUAGCAGUACGUACCAAUGUUGUUGUGAUGGUAGGUGAGCAGUGAGCUUCGUAGGAGAGCUUUUCCAGCAAGCUGUUGUCGAUUUCAGUCAAACUCGGGCGUGAAAUAUGAACAAAAUUUGAACAAGA